CUGCCCGGUUGCUCGUAGCUGCGGCGGCGGCGGGGAUCCCCGGGAAUCGGUUCGGGAACUGGCUUCCCCUCCUGCCAGAUCCCAGCGCCGAGCAUGGCGAGCCGCCUGCCGCCCUGCGUCGUAGACAGCGGCACCGGGUACACAAAACUGGGCUACGCUGGAAAUACUGAACCACAAUUUAUUAUCCCAUCAUGCAUUGCAAUAAGAGAAUCGGCCAAAGUAGGUGACCAGGCGCAGAGGAGACUGGUCCAAGGCGUGGAUGAUCUAGACUUUUUCAUUGGAGAUGAAGCUCUCGUCAAACCCACCUAUGCUACAAAGUGGCCUAUCCGGCAUGGCAUGGUGGAAGACUGGGAUCUGAUGGAAAGGUUCAUGGAACACAUUAUUUUUAAGUAUCUCCGGGCUGAACCAGAAGAUCACUAUUUUUUAAUGACUGAACCGCCGUUGAACACCCCUGAAAACCGAGAAUAUCUUGCAGAGAUCAUGUUUGAAUCAUUUAACAUACCUGGACUUUAUAUUGCUGUGCAGGCCGUGUUAGCCUUAGCUGCAUCCUGGACUUCACGACAAGUUGGGAACCGUACCUUAACUGGCACAGUGAUCGACAGCGGUGAUGGGGUGACUCAUGUCAUUCCAGUGGCAGAAGGUUACGUGAUUGGCAGCUGCAUCAAGCACAUCCCCGUUGCCGGAAGAGACAUCACGUAUUUUAUUCAGCAACUCCUAAGGGAAAGGGAGAUGGGAAUUCCUCCGGAGCAAUCCCUGGAGACAGCAAAAGCUAUAAAGGAAAAGUACUGUUAUAUUUGUCCUGACAUAGUAAAAGAAUUUGCAAAGUAUGAUGUUGACCCCCACAAAUGGAUUAAGCAAUACACAGGAAUCAAUGCCAUCAAUAGAAGCACAUUUACGAUAGACGUUGGUUAUGAAAGAUUCCUUGGGCCAGAGGUCUUCUUUCAUCCAGAGUUUGCCAAUCCAGAUUUUGUGGACUCUAUUUCGAAUGUGGUGGAUGAUGUUAUACAGAACUGUCCCAUUGAUGUUCGGCGUCCUUUGUAUAAGAAUGUGGUGCUUUCCGGAGGAUCUACGAUGUUCAGAGAUUUUGGUCGUCGCUUACAGAGAGACUUGAAACGAGUAGUAGACGCUCGGCUAAAAAUCAGCGAAGAACUUAGUGGAGGUCGAUUAAAGCCCAAACCUGUGGAAGUUCAAGUAAUCAGUCAUCACAUGCAGCGUUAUGCCGUCUGGUUUGGCGGAUCCAUGCUUGCGUCAACGAGUUCUUCAACGUGUGUCACACCAAGAAAGCCUACGAGGAAUACGGUCCUGGCAUUUGCCGUCACAAUCCAGUUUUUGGAAUUAUGUCAUAAGAUUCAUGGCACAGCAUCGCCUGCUCCGGGGCCUGAUGGCAAAACCUCCGCUGACAAGGAGGAGAGAGACUUGGUGCAUAUAGCAAACCUCAGUGUGGUGCGGGUGCUCCCUUGCCUAGUGUGUGCGUUAGAAUCAGGGAGUUCAAAACAAUGGACCGUCUGGAGCUCAAUGACUCGACUUUUAAAUUAAUUCCUUUCUGCAAGUUAGCUUCUUAGUACACAACAUUCGCUUUGCUAGAAAGGGUGAAAGCAGGAACUCUUUGGGUCAGUUUCUCUCAACCUUAGCAUUUUUAAGAUGUGUGGACUACAACAACCCC